AAAACCCCAAAACCCCAAAACCCCAAACCCAAUAAACCCCAGCCCCAGUCAUGGCAGAACCGAAGGUAGACCCCACCAUCCCUCCAGGCCUCCUCCUAGUCUCCGCCUUCCUCUCCAUGGAGCCCGCUAAUACCUUACUCUCCCUGUCAAGAGAAUGUGGUGGAGGAUUGGUUACAGAGGGAGUGCAGAGGUUUAUUUGGGAUCACUGUAUAAGCAACGAAGCUGGUGAAAAAGGGUAUGGGCCUUACUUGAGGAAUUUUGUGAAGAGGCUUAUCUCUGAAGUAGAAUCGAGAAAUGGGACAGUUUUGGAUGAAUUAUAUGAACAAUGUGGUUAUUACAUGAGUUCAUUAAAGGAUGAUGGUCUGGUAAAAGGAAGCGCCAGGGUCCACAAAUGCAUUUCUUUUCUUUUUCCUGAUGGUUGUGAACCUCCAAGUUGUCCCAAGUCAAGCAAUCUGGUGGUUCCGCUGCAUUGUUCACUCAACAUGCUUGAAGGAGACACUGGGUGUUCUGUUUGGCCCUCAAGCCUAUAUUUGUCGGAAUUUGUACUCUCUUUUCCAGACAUAUUCUCCAACAAAUCAUGCUUUGAGGUUGGUUCUGGUGUUGGUUUGGUUGGAAUUUGUCUUUCUCAUGUAAAAGCUUCUCAGGUUAUAUUAAGUGAUGGUGACCUGUCAACUUUAUCUAACAUGAAGCUUAAUUUGAAGCUAAACCAGUUGAGUGCUGAAACUGAUGUGCUAGAAAGAUUUGGCGAAGAUCCAAAUACAGUAAAAGCUGAAAUGUAUAAUAAAUCUAAGGUGAAAUGCUUUCAUCUGCCAUGGGAAUCCGCCACAGAAAGUGAACUUGAAGAGUACUUACCUGACAUCAUUUUGGGAGCAGAUGUUAUUUAUGAUCCAUCCUGCCUUCCACACCUUCUUCGAGUGCUUGUCAUUCUUUUGAAACAAAAGAAAGCGUACACUCAGACUUGGGAAGAGAGUUGUGAGGGCCGAUUGCAAGAUGCCGAACACAUUGAUGUCAACGGCGCUUCUGAAGGGAAAUCUCUCUUUGCCCAUGAUAUACAGUGUGUUACCAUUCAAAAUGGCAACAGAACUGAUCCUUGUCAAGUCGAGGAACUUCCUGGUGGUUCUUCAGUUGCCAGACUGAUGAAAUGUCCCGUGGCUUAUAUUGCCUCGGUUAUUCGCAAUAUUGAUACUUUUAAUUGUUUUCUUAAACUAGCAGAAGAAGCUAACCUUGUAAUCGCAGACAUAACUGAAGCGCUAGUGCCCUUAAAUUUGCUUCCAUACAUGCAGUCAUACAACCGAUCAAGUAUACGUUUAUUUACUGUAAAAUGCAAACUCUCCCCCAAUAACCCCAUUAAGACACACUCAAGAAAGCUGACAAGAAUCACUCGAAACAUGGUUGGGCAAGAGCAAGGAGAGGGAGAAGUAGAGGUGAUUCACUCAUGGUCUGCUCCAAGAUCUCUUAGCACCAGUCUCAUGUACUCUUUUGCUCAGAGGGAUGACAUGGAAGUGCUUGAUGAACCUCUGUAUCCUACUUUCCUGAAGGUAUCUGAUGUUGAAAGGCCAUACAGAGAGGAGCUUCUGUCCAAAAUGGAAUCUGAUGGAGAUAAGGUUGUGAAAGAGAUAAUUUUUGCUCCAGGAGAAAAGAAGUACCGGUUUUGUAAGCAUAUGUCAAAGCAACGGUUACCUGGUUUGCCCAGUGAUCUAAUGAAGAAAGGAAAGCACUUCAUAUUGAUACGUAAUCCCCUUGAUAUACUGCCAUCUUUUGGAAAGGUUGUACCUCCAUCCUUUCUUGAUUUAGGUUUGGCAGAGCUGGUCUCCAUAUACAAUGACCUCUGUCAGUUGGGAAAGCGCCCACCUGUUAUUGAUGCAACAGACCUUGCACAAAAUCCUGAGGCUACUUUGCAUAGUCUUUGUGAAGAUCUGGGUAUUCCUUUUCAAGACUCAAUGCUCAGAUGGGAAGCUGGUCCGAAGCCAAUUGAUGGGAUGUGGGCCCCAUGGUGGUACAAAAGUGUGCAUAAAUCUACUGGUUUCUCAUCAACAAGAAAGUAUCCUGAGCCAUUUCCACUUUCUCACUAUGACUUGCUGGAGCAAAGUCUACCUUUGUACAACUGGCUCAGACGCCACGUGAGACAGGCAUCAACCCUUUUUAAGACCCCCUUACCUCCACCUGACCUUCCUGUCCCUGCAAAUGAGAAGCUGCUUGCAUGGGUUGGUGAUGAAAUUCUACCCCGUGAAAGUGCCAAGGUUUCUGUGUUUGACUCAGUUGUCCAAGGUGGUGAUUCGGUGUGGGAGGGACUUCGAGUUUACAGAGGGAAGAUAUUUAAGCUUGAAGAGCAUUUAGACAGGUUGUUUGACUCAGCAAAGGCUCUUGCUUUCAAGAAUGUUCCAACUCGUGAAGAAGUUAAGGAAGCCAUUUUCAGAACAUUAAUUAGGAAUCAAAUGUUUGAUAAUUCACAUAUUCGACUAUCCCUCACAAGAGGAAAGAAGGUUACUUCUGGGAUGAGCCCAGCAUUUAACCUCUAUGGCUGCACCCUAAUUGUGCUUCCAGAAUGGAAACCCCCUGUAUAUGAUAAUACACAUGGUGUAACUCUGGUGACGGCUACCACACGGCGUAAUUCACCAAAUAAUUUGGAUUCAAAAAUUCACCACAACAACCUGCUCAAUAACAUACUUGCAAAGAUAGAAGGGAAUAAUGCAAAUGCUGAUGACGCAAUCAUGCUUGACAAGGAUGGUUUUGUGUCGGAAACAAAUGCUACAAACAUCUUUUUAGUAAAAAAGGGCAGAGUUCUGACACCUCAUGCUGAUUACUGCCUUCCGGGUAUCACUCGAGCUACUGUAAUGGAUUUAGUGGUGAAAGAGCGAUUGGUGUUGGAGGAGAGAAGAAUCAGCCUAUCGGAAUUCCACACUGCAGAUGAGGUAUGGACGACUGGAACAAUGGGAGAGCUCACCCCAGCUGUGAAGAUUGAUGGACGUGAAGUUGGCGAUGGACAAGUGGGACCUGUGACUCGAAGGUUACAAAAUGCUUACAAAAAGCUUACAGAAGAGUCAGGAGUGCCCAUACCAUCAUAUCAGGAGAAUUAAAUAAUAUAUAUAGCUUCUACAAGACUGUAGACAUUGUGCAAGUGGGAUUGCUUUCAUCCCCACAGAAAGAAGAUUGUGCAGUUGCGUUUUGAUCGCCAGCAUCACAGUUACAGCACUGCAGAUUUCAGAUGCUUGUGGAGAUGAUACCAUAAUCUUGGCAUUUCUCUGCAUGUUAACACUGAAGCUAGAAUUGUUAAUGUGUUUAGCAACACAGGACUUUUAAGUAAUUCCCUACAUCUUAAACUUCAGUAGGGAUGUGUCUAUUUAGCCAAUAAAAUAAAUCUCAGACUGUUAAAUAGUUUGAACGUGACUGUGGCAUUUACUUCAAGCAAUGUUAUAGUAUAUAUUUGUGUGUUGGUUCUUCGGUAU